AUGGAUGAAUCAAAACUCCAAGAAAAUGAUCAUGAUGAUGUGCCAAUCCAUGAUAGGAAUGAAUUUUUUGAAUUUGAUGGCAAGACUUAUGUGGACUCAUUGAGUCUUUGCGAUGCGCUGAAAUGUUGCCUGCUGAAAUUUGCUAUAAAUGGAGCUGACAAGGUGUUCUUAGAUCGAAAGUUCUCGAAACGAAAUUUGUUUGGCAUUGGCUUUGGGCAACGCGUGUCAUCACGUGCUCUUCAACGGAGUUUUUCAGGUGAAAGAGGGAAGGAUUGGGGCUCUGGUUCAAAAGGUUGUUAUGUUUAUGGAGAAUGUGCUUUUGAACAGAAGAGAGGUAAAACUAGUGGUGCCUUGCAACAGAAGGAAAUGGUUGGUGCUAAAAUGGGCAGUGACGUGCUGGAACCAAUCAAAGAUGGGUUUGGUGUUACUAAUGAGUGGAACAAAGAGUAUGUUGAUGUCUCUGAAGUGGUUAAUUCUCCUUCAGGAAACUACUCUGAAUUUCCUUUCAACUUUCUUGCUUUCUUUGCAGUAGUAUUGAUGAAGUUCAUGGGUUUUCAGUUCAAUCUUUUGGUUAGCUUUUUCACAUUUCCAAUAUGGUUAUCUUACUUUUCGUUCUUGGUCGUGAUGUUUCCAUUCCAAACUCUAAGACAUGCUAGAGGGUAUUUCAUGAAGAAGCUGUUUAGAUGGUGGGGCAUUUCUAGCAGGAAUGUCAGUCAGAAAGCGCAGCAAUCGAUAGGAAAUAUUGCAAUGAGGUUUGGCUGCGGAUUCUUCUGGUCAACCUAUGUCUUUCUCAUGCUUCUAGGAUUGCUAGCAUCAGGAUUUGUAUUUGGGGGUAUAGUGAUGAUGAACCUGGUUGAGAAGCCUGUUCAGACAACGGAAACCCUGAAUUUCGAUUACACAAAGACUAAUCCUGUAGCAUUCGUGCCUAUAAUGCGUCUCUCUGGUGUUGGUGAUAUUUCUAGCCUAGUAGCUAAAGACAAUGUAGAAGCUGGGAAGCUAAUCGGGGCUCGCUUUGUUCCUCAUAAUCACAAGUUGCAGCUCACACUUGCCUUUGUGAUGCCCGAGUCCGAGUACAAUCGAAAACUUGGCGUAUUUCAGGUGAGGGUUGAGUUCCUGUCAGCAAGAGGUGAAGUCACUGCAAGUUUAAGACAGCCAUGCAUAAUGCGGUUCAAAAGCCAACCCAUCCGCGUUGUUGAAACCAUCAUUAAGAGUGCUCCUAUCAUAGCUGGUUUUGUAUCAGAAGCCCAGAUUCUGAAUAUAAAAAUGGAUGAAUUCACUGAAGGACUUGAGCCAACAGCCUACUUGAAGGUGAUGUUAGAACAGCGAGCAGAAUACAAAGCCGGGGCUGGCAUCCCAGAAGUUUACGCAGCAUCACUGUCACUGGAAUCAGAGCUCCCUCAAUUGAGAAGGCUUAUCUGGCUUUGGAAGAGAACUAUUUUUAUGGAAUAA